AUGUCGAAUAACAGCUUCACCCUCUCUGCCGGCCCCGGCACUGAUGUCUGGAAGAAGCCCCCCACGACCAACAUCUACAACGCCCCCGUCCAUGCUCUCCCAGCCAAGAACCUGAGCGAGUUCAAGUCCGCCAAAAUCACCUUCUCGGCAGACUGGUCAGAGCAAUACGACCAAGCCGGCCUCAUCUUCACCUUUGACUCCGUCUCCGGCACUCGCGAACGGAGAUGGAUCAAGACCGGCCUGGAGUACUACAACGGCACCCCUCAACUCAGCACAGUCUCUUGUGACCGCUGGGCCGACUGGAGCAUCAGCCCCUUGACCGCUUUCGAGGAUUCCAAGAGCAUCACCGUGACAAUCGAAAAAGGCCGCGAUGGUCUCGGCCUCGGUUUCUGGGUCUACUAUAUCAAACAGGACGGCACCAAGGAGCCGCUGCGCGAGAUCUGCUGGGUCUACGGCGACGACGACUCAUCAGGCAAGGACUGGAACCUCACUAUUGGUGCCCUGGUGGCCCGGCCCGCCAAGGAUGCCAAGGACGAUCUUGUCGUUCAGUUCAAGGACUUUGACGUGCAAUGGUCCACCUAA